UCAACAAUGGCUUCUGGAUUGAUAACACCCCUUGUAAUUUUCGGGGCACUGGUGUGCAGCCCAGUUUCCGGCCAGGGGAUCAUUGAUGGCUGUCCGUCCUACGGGUGCCGCCCGUCAGGGACGUUUUCAUUCAGCUUACAGCCGCCCACAAAUGGCAGCCUAGCCUGGAAAUCGUCUGUCUUCCUGGGCCCAGUUCCUGGCGCUCUUGGUUGUGUUGGUAACGCGAACAAUAUCGUUUGUCAAUCCAAUGGGCCAAGAGAAGUAGGCUACAUCAGUAUCGAUGUAGCUUCAGGUAACUUGAUGUGGAGAGACGCCAUUCUAAGGUUUCCCGUUCUUCCCGUUAUGGAUAUAUAUGGUGACGUCAUAGGGUCAGACGGUCACAGUCUGUUAAUGUACAUGGACGACGGGUCGCUGAAGCCAGUUAUCCACAUGAGUGACUGGGUGUAUCCAAUAUUCAGUUUAUCGAUAACAGAGGAUAGUAUUUUUAUGUUUGUGUCUAAGAAUGGUUACAUCAUCAGCUAUUAUCCAGAUGGUGUCCCGCAUGCGCAAAUUCCACUUCCUGGAGAACUUCAGCAAGUAAAUGGAACAUUCCAUCCAAUAUCGACACCUGUCAUCUCCGGUCGACGAGCUUACAUUCUGACCCAGUUUAUUCCAGAAGGACAAAAAGAACCCGGUAACCUAGGAAUGCAACGUCUUUACGCAGUUGACAUAAUUCCAAGAAUGGUCGAUAGGCUUCAUAUAUCCUGGGUGAUCAAUUUUGAAAUGGAAGAAGCUCCAACUCCAAGAAAAUUUAACAAUCGUGGUAACGUGGUAUUUUUCGACCAAGACCGUGAAGAAGACACCGCCUCUCCUGUCGUUCCUCCCCGCGUUAUGGUUAACCCCGACACAGACACUGUUUACGUAAGUCUUCCGGCUCCCGCUGCUGCAAAUGGCGUCAUGGGUACAAAAUUUUGGGCCAUCAAAGACAAUCAGACGUCAUCCAAACCCGAAAUUCUCUUUAAGAAAAAUUAUGCGCUUUCUUCCAUGGCGACGUAUGAAGUGGGCAGUAAUGGCCGAAAGCAGGAAGUCCGAAAGGGUGGGGUGUGGAAGGGAUUUGGUCCAUUGUGGAAAACUGAUAAAACUCGAGAAUUGGGUGUAGAUGGAGCUUCAUCUGUAUGGGCCGUCGAUGCCAAGAAGGAAACCAUUCUUGAAAUAUCUCCAUCUUCUGGAAACAUAUUGAAAAGUUUGAAUGUUUCUCAGCUGUUACAAGCUAAAGCGGCUGUAACUUCAGAUCUAAUGGUCACCAGAUCAGACAAGAAUGAUGAGGACCAUCUUGUGUUUGCUGUUACUCUUGUGAACGGGCCAUCUACUGCGUUUCACUCACUUUUGAAAUCGUUUGGUGGCGAUCGAUCAGACAACAAGAACUACGUGAUUCAGAUGAAAGGUGACACAGUAGAAUGGGUCGUGCCAACCGUUGAAGAUCUACCAGGGGUAGGCCAAAUUGCCGGCAUCAAAACACAUGACAGCACGGAAGAUGACUUGAAAGAUUUGUAUGUUGUGUUCGCUGGCGAUGACAAAUCGUCGGUGGUCUUUGGUAUUCAUUAGAUACUAGACUUUAGUGGAUAAAACAACAGCAUCAACGAAACACUAAUUGAUGUCGAUUAUAUGUAGAUAUCCAUAAUUCAUGUACAUGUAUAAUAUUGUAAAAUAUGACAAUGGAGCCAAAAUAAAAAGAAAAGAAAAUUGAUAUAAAA